AAGUGUUAGGCUUGCCGCUGACUGGUGAAGUGCAUCUGAUGGCGCUCUCUGCGCGAUGAGUGACAGGUCCGCAAGUUCGACCGUCGCUCUCCCUCCUGCCGCUUCGUGCUCAUAAUCAAGGGUGUCGCAUUGUGCACACGUCACCUGGUGAUGCUUCGCCCACGUUUCGCUUCCCGCUGACGGAGAUCUUGCCGCGGUAUUGCUGCGCGCUGAGCAGGGCAUGGGGAAGGAUGGCGGUACUGCAACCAAAUGCCUAUCCAGGCUCCCCUGCACCUGGUGCCGGGCAGCGCGAUUUGCUCGCCGGAGCGCAAAACACAGACACGGCACCACGACGCGCUGAUGACCAACGACGCCUCCGCCGAGUGAAGGACUCGAAGGAGCAGCUGAAGAGGAGGACGCGAGCACGCGGCACGAGCAACGGCACGAUUGACACCUCGACGAGCAAUUCGACUUCGGCAGGGCGAUCAUACACCGUCGCGAACGUGCAUAACGGCGUAAUAUACCUCAGGCCUGUCGUGCGCGCUGGGAAUCAGCGCAAUCUUUCGCAGCCAGAUCCGUUCGUAUUCCCGCCGAACACGCCCCCAGACAGCGCCACACUCGACUCCAAACUGCGUCCAACCAGCAAUGAAUGGGAGCAAAGCCUGUACGGCUCAAGGACACCGCGAUCCGAACCAACUCCGCCGCUGCCACGGGACCUGAUCACGGAAUAUGAGGCCAGACAGCAGGCAGAACAGACUCUCCACUCACGACCUAUCGCUCACGCCCGCUCGCACUCCUUCUCGACUGUCGACGACCACACCGUGACCUCGGCGACCACUGAGCCUGGAACAUUCAAGGUGGUUAUCGAAAGACCUCCGUUUGGUGGGCGACCCAAGACGGCGGAUACAUCUUCAUUGCCCCUGCUACAGGUACCAAUACCUCACUACCGCCUCGGCACGCCGCGUUUCAGCACCAGGGGCACUGCAGAUCUACGAAGCUCAGUAUACACUCGCACAUCAGCCACGGAGGAGUUCAGGAAUUCGCUCCUGACUCCACAGCGCGCGGGGUCGCACUCGUUCGUGUCGUCACGUCCGCAGUCGGACGCAUUCUCGCCUGUCCCUGCCAGAUACCGUGCGACUAUGGACCGACCGCCUGUCUCUGCCUCAGCACCAUCUUCGUCGCGCGUCUCGCACGCCCCGAUUGGACCUCGACUGUAUGACGCCUUAACCCUUGACCCAGACAAUAGGGCAGUUGUGAGAUUCUCUCCAUCUGGUGAGAUUCUCGCAGCGACACCGUCACGACUUGUUGCGCACAUCACUUCCCCGAGCUUCUUGGACUACGAAUUGCUUUCGGACUUUUUCCUCACGUUCCGUGCCUUUCUCUGCACCAGAGAUCUAGUUGCUUAUCUCAUUGCGAGACUGAGAUGGGCAGUGAACAGACAGGAUGACUUUGGGCGCAUCGUACGUGUGCGAACAUUCGUGGCUCUUCGUCACUGGAUUCUGAACUACUUCGUGGAUGACUUCGUACCAUCGCAGAACUUGCGAAUGUAUUUCUGCGACUUGGUCAAUGACUUAUAUGCAGAUCUGAAGGCCCGUGUAGAUGGGGGCGGCGGGGAUGUCAAGAUUGUUGGCGAACUGAAGAAGUGCUGGAGAAGGACAUGCGUUUUAUAUUGGGAGAUGGAAGACGGGCUGGGCAGAGACUAUGCUGACGAAGAGCUACUUCCGGGUGGUUCUAUGGAGUUGCCAGCAACGUACGAAGAGCCAGAGAUGCCAAUGACGACUCCAGCUACCCCACGACAGGUAGACCGAGAUACGAAAGAGACCAUGGGAUCUAAUCCCAGCGACCAAUUUGCUAGUCGGCACAUGGAUUGGGCGCAAAAAGCUCGUCACACACCUCAAAACUCGUUGAGCUCGCCGUAUGUCCCCUCAAACGAAGGCGGGACUGUUCGGGUUCCACUGUCGCCGGGCAGCGACGGGAGCAUGCACAUUUUGUCCUGCUCCCUCCCAAGGCGCGGUUUCCUGAAGAGUGAGCAAGCCAUUAACUUGCCCUUCUACCCUCAUCCAGUAUCAAACCCUCCCGCGAUAGCCCCACGGUUGGCAGCAAGCCCACAACAGCCGGUAUCAAGUAAGACCAACGUUCGCCCGUCGCACACCCACAAGCGUAGUGGUAGCUUUUCCGAUGCCAUGAGGGACAGCAGAGCGCCUCUAUCAAUCCCAAAGAACGCUUCUGUAGAUGUUACCAUCUCCGCAGUCACGAGCAUGCCCGGCAGCCUUGUGCGUGGCGGGCUUUUUCAACCAAGUUCGCCCUACAUCGAACUAAAAGGCACUACUUUGCGUCACACACGGACACGUAGCGAGACAGAUGGUGAUGACAUAUAUGCAGAUAUGCAGCUGCGUCCAGGUCAUGCAAACAGCCCUGGAAUGAAAAAGAUCUUUGGCAGCGUGCGUCGUGCUCUCAGCAUCAAGCAAUCGUCAAAUGGGAACCCGCACCUAGGAGCAAACGUCCACCAGCGGGUGGUACCUUCAAUACGCUCGUCGAAUCCCGGCACGAUGACUCCGAUGUCAGGAGGCGUUCGCAAGCAACGUACAAUUCGAACGAAACCAGAGAUACGAAUCGAUGCUUUGGCUUCAAAGGUCGGCGAAAGCUUUAAGGAAGCAAUAGAAGAGCAGCUCAGGGAGGAGGAACAGCGCGGAGAGAGCAGCGUCGAGCCUCCUGAUCUCGGUGGUUUUGAGUUCGAGUUCGAGAACCGAAGGAGUCCACCGCCUGGCGAAGGUCCACCGGAUUCAAGGGAUCCGGAUCCUCGCGUGUACAGCACCAUCACUACGGGCAGCAAGUCGAUCCUCAUCAUCGAUGACACUGGAGCGCCUCCAUUACCCAUGAUGUCUGGAGCUCUGCCAUCGGCUGCGGCGGAAGAGACACAGAGAGCUUCGAGUACGCCACCGAUGGUCCUCCAACGAAACCCAUCAAUCGCUCAAAGGCUGGCUGAGGGAGACAUGGUCGUCGUGCGCCACUCUGAUCUGUACAAGGACUCGACGCCACCCAAGGUCUCUGUCGAAGAAAGACGUCUGUCCCGUCCCUCAGCACGACAGUCUCGAGGACCACACAGACGUUCCGUGUCGGAAGGUACGCAGCAGAUGCAUUCGUUCAAGCGGAGAGGCUCGAUGCGGAAAUCGAUGGCUCGAUCUUCCCUGCGUCGACAUGCCUCAUACAACAGUGUCCUCAGCGGUCGUCAAGGCCCGGAGAGUGUGGCUACAUUCAUGACUAUGUCGUCGGACAACGACCCCUUCUUCCUGGAGCGCCAGGCGCCCCAAACAAAUGGUCCUGGUCGUAUGCUUCGCCGAAAGCCAGGAGGUGAUCUGCGCGCUGCUGGGAACAUGCAGGAUCUCGAGUCGACCCCUCGCCCACACUCUACCGGUUCAAUGUCCAAUCGCACCCACUCGAUCGCGAACUCGGUCAUCCUACGAUCAGAUUGCUACGCUGCGCCAGAGCUCGAAGAGAGUCGCACCACAGAAGCGGUCGACGAGACAGUCGUCGUCAAGAAACCGAUAUCCUUGGUUGACACACAUUCGUCACAGCCGAACUUGAGACCUUCGUUCGAAGCAGAGGUCGCCAAACUUGCAGCAUUACCAGACGACACAGAUGACGAGGGAGGAGUUGAGGCAGCUCUUAUGAAGCUAGAAGGUCGCUAUGAAAGGAAGUCUCCACGGGUGUCUUCUGUACGGACCUCUGUUAUCGAACAACCUGAAGUCUACCGACCUACUGGUGCCCCUGAUGAGCUAUUCAUCCCGCCAUACAAGCUAAAACAGACGGAAGACGCCUAUGUGCCGAAACAAUCGGAGGAGCACGGUGGCGCCGACGACAGCCUCCACCGACCGCUCGCCACCCCUGGCGCAGAAGGCCAGGAGAUGUUCCAUCUCUCAGGAGAGAACUUCAACCGCCGGGUGCCUCCUGUUGUGAGCACCGCAGCUGAAUCAGAAGACUCUUACUCCUCGGUACCGCUUCUUGACCGAGGUCUCAGCGACGUCAUGGCUAGUGGGCGUACCCAGACAUUCGACACGAUGAGGUCCUCGGCUAAGCCUUCACCUCUGCAGCUCACCGAAAACACAACUGCCGAUUCGACAGCACCUGCAACCAAACCCUCGUCCCCGAGCUCGUCAAUCGAGUACGUUGAUGAGACAGACAGCAUGAAGAGGAUCCCCCAUGGCGCCACUCUUCCAUCGUCUUCGAUCGUACGCCAGUCAUUUCUUCUCGAUGAAGAUGAAGACUUGAGCGACCUAGCUUCGACGACGACAGGCGCCAGGUCAGACGAGACGUCACAUGGUGUACGAAGCUUCUUCGAAGACGAGCCGGCAGUGAUGGACCAGCCAUCGAGCAACCUUCCCAUGCAUCCCAUGCGCCAUCCUCCGACACCGCCUUCUACAGCAGACUGCUUGAAGGAAGCCGUACCCACGACAACCUGGGACAGAGGCCUACCCACACCAGGCUUGUCACCCACUGCUUCUCGACUCGACCAGUUCAGUCAACCCAUGCCUGACCAACAGAUCAAGUUGCAGGAGUCGCCACAUAUUGGACAGCCAAUCAAGACUGCUCACCUGCCUUUCGUCAUGGCCUAUGAUGCCGAGCUACUUGCCCAGCAAUUCACAGUUGUGGAGAAGGAUGCUUUGGACGAGAUCGACUGGAAGGAGCUCAUCGAACUUCGUUGGAAGCAGUCAUCACCUCAGAUUCGUGAUUGGGUACACUACCUUCGUACCCAAGAGGCGCGCGGCGUCGAUGUCGUAAUCGCUCGAUUCAACCUAGUAGUCAAGUGGGUAGUCUCUGAGUGUGUUCUCACCGAGGACAUGGAGGAGCGAGCUCGCUGCAUCGUCCAGUUCAUCCAUAUCGCCUCGCACGCGCGAAGACUCAGAAACUACGCCACCAUGUACCAGAUCGCCAUCGCGCUGAUCUCCAAUGAUCUGUCACGACUUCACAAGACCUGGUCUCUCGUACCUCUGGCCGAGAAGCAGACAAUGAAGGAGCUCGAAGCCCUCGUCCAGCCACUGCGCAACUUCCACAACCUUCGUCUUGAGAUGGAGACAGCCACAGUCGAGGAUGGAUGCAUCCCUUUCAUUGGCAUCUACACCCGAGAUCUGAUCUACAACGCUCAGAAGCCUGCUUUCAUCGAUGCGGUACCUGUCGACGGCGAACGACUUGUGAACUUCGAACGACACCACACAGCAGCCACAAUUGUCAAGAACCUGUUGCGCCUACUCGAAGCAAGCUCCAAGUACAACUUCAGAGUUGAUCCUGACUUGAUUAGCAGAUGUCUCUGGCUUGCGGCGCUCAGCGAUGACGAACUCAUCAAGCGCAGCCGCCAAUGUGAAUAAUCAAUACCGCACAUACACUUUCCUAUCUCUCGCCAUUUCCUUGUCAAUACCCAUCCGGAUCAACCUGGCGUCCGGCACGAGUCACGGCCUGCAUUCGCAGCACAUUUACUGCACACAUACACUCGAUGUUUAUUGCCAUUUUCUCACUCCCUGUUAGAUCUAAGAGUUCGCGCUUGAAGAUAAUAUUCUGCUCAGCAGCAAUUUCCUUUGUCUGAUGGAAAUACAAUGCGUCUGUAGUGUUUCGUUGUUAUUGUAUAUAGAAGGCGAGCGUGCUGAGACGGCUUAAUGAUAUAAUCACCAAUCACUUCACCUUUUAGUAUGCCCAUCUGCGGCGCAAAGCUCAGAUAACCCCCCUCGCCCGCAGAUUCAUGCAACCGC